CAGGUGUAGUUAAUCUAAAUAGAAGAUUAUUUUGUCUUCUAGUUGCUUUCCCUCACUGUCCCUUCCCCUAACCCCUGCUUUACUUGGCAUUUCACGAACAACCAUCUCAUUCACGGGAGGAUUGGGAACAGCCACCCAGUAACAACAAACAGACAAAGAGAAAGAAAAAAAAAAAGUGUAAAAAUCGUCUCAUUACUUUUAUCACUCGGCGGCAGCUUUAGUCGUAACGUGCUUCGUUAUUUGCGAAGCAACAUGGCUUAGUAAAUCCCUGUUCUUAUAAUUUCCAAAUCGAAUUUUGUGGUUGGGUAGGGAAUGUUCACACGAGGCACAACUCCUUCGUAAAACCAAAUACUGGAGUCCUUUCUUCUCCUCCUCCUCCUCCUGGGGGUGUUGUACCACGAGUAUCGAUCUCCAUACCGCCACUGCCAAGGUUGGUGGCGCCUGCCCUUAGUCAUGGCUCUGUGGCUACUGUCAUCAUCAUAUGCUUUUCUCUCUGUGACUACUGUCAUUGCCUCUCUCCCUUUCCUAUAACAGUUAUCAGCGCGCUGACUACUAAUAUGUUAUGUGGGUAUUACCAGCAACUAUAUACCCUUUAGAAGUGUCUUCUGCAGGGGUAAUUUUCAGUUUUUAAACGUUCGUGUACGUUCGCCUCGUUGUGUCGAGGGAGAAACUCCUCCUAACACGGCAGAGUAGCCUUGAUCCUACGCCUAUAAGCCUUUCAGUUCCGAGGGAAGAUGAUUGCACACACGUUUGGAAGUGGCCGGUGAGCUGUGGAGGAAUAAGAGAACUUCCAAGCGAAUCGUUCGGUAAAGGCAGGCAAACGAGUCCCCUCCGCCAGAGUUCUCCUCCGUCUCCUGCUGCCCCCCUCUCCUACUCCCGCAUCCAUCCCACGGGGAGAGAGAGAGAGAGAGAGAGGGAGAGAGAGAAACUCCUCCUCCUCCUUCUCACUCCUCAUCCGCUUGCAGUCCCUCGUACUUGGUCAGUCAGUGUGAGGUCGUCUUUGGUUGGUGACGGUAGUGCGUACCGGCGUCUGUUCUCUCUGUCGUUGCUUUUGAUUGCAUUGUAUCUCGGCCAGACCCAUUUUUCAUUCGGAUCCCUUUCGCCGUAACCAAGAGGAUCUUUACGCUCCUGGGUGUGUGACAUGCAGUCUGUUGCCGUGAUCUCGUUGUAAAAGGCCUAAGCAGUGUUUAGGAUCAAUAAAUAACGAAAGAGAGAUACAGAAGGAGAGAGAGAGAGGCCUUCAUCGUCGGGUAUAUAUUCUGUCUUCGAAGCCCGGUGGUGUGCGUGUGUCUGUGUAUGUAAUUCAGUGUGGACCUGGUACUUGAAUAUGUAUGCAUACUGCAUUGAAAAUGGAUAGCACACAGACUAGCCCGAAGGGAUUCGUAUGACAGUGGGAUAUAUACCUUGUCUAUUUUCGGGUGUUUUCCUGCUCGUGUAUGGCAAACGGCGUUAAUAAAGAGGAUUUGUACAGAACGGCCAAGCCAGCGCGAGGGGAGUUUUGACAGCAGCCACUGCAAUACGGAUUUGCAGACUUAUGUCAUUUUUUUACAAUACGUCCUCGCCAUUAGUCUGAAAGAAGAUUCCACAUGGGUUGGCUCCAGGUCAAAAGAUGGCUGUCCUUCCUGCCAGCGGCAUUUGUCGUCUACAUACUACUCCACUACCUCGUCUACCAGCCAGACCUGACUGGACCUCAGCCACCCGUCCUCGUACCUGGAGGCCGAUCGAGCAACGGAACCCAGGUGUCAGACGUCCUAGGACCCGGGGCCUCCGCUGGUCGGAUCCUGCCGCCCCUGGAUCAGGACGGAGAUGGCCCAACUUCUACGAACGAUAUCCUCACACAGCCUCCGGCGGCGGCGGCGGCGGCGCUGGCGCAGGAGCGCGUCGUCUCUGCCCAGGCGGAAGAAGAGGCCAGCAGCAACACGACGACGCAUCAAGGUAGUGCCAUAACAGUCGACAGCACUGAUUCCCGCAGCCUCGUUAGAUUUGAUAGUGCCCGAAAGGCUCUUGGGGGCGUCUCCUUCAGAGAGCCCUUGUCUGCCCUUUCUCCCCCACACGAUGACGACGUCAGCUUCCUCUCGAGCGAGGGCGGGCUGAUCGGGGCGGGGGGUACCGAAAAAGGCCUCACCAGGGCGUUCGCUCAGUCCGGACCGAGGGACCCCUCCCACUCGCUGGUGGAGAGUAGCUAUAGCGAGGGGGUCCUUCGCGGGCCUCCCGAAGGGUAUCACAUGACCUCCUCCGGGGCCCUUCGUGCCAUUGAUAACACGAUGCCCUCAUCUCCCGAGGAUGUCAGUUUGAUGUCGCCCUUGGCAUCGCUGCCAUCGUCACCAACUUCAUCCUCAUUAUUCCCAUCAUCCCCAUCUUCAUCUCACUCCGGUGGAAGUGAAGGUUUGCUCAAAAUGUCCCGCCGAGGUUCAUCUCCCCUCCUGGCAGGAGGCCACCCUUCCACCAUCCAUAACUUAACCUCUGUUGCAGACAGUCCCAAGAGCCUCCUCUCUUCUGAUCCGCAUGUCCUCCCCAACCGCCCCUCCUCCUCGCCUAACAAUCCUCCUCCUCCUCCCCCCUACCCCCCUCCCAACGACAACCCCUCCUUGACUGAAUACGACACUCUGGACACCCGCCAGGGAGCGAAGGACGCUGCCCUUUUGUUUGACCAAGACAGCAUGAUGAGGUCCCAGUACCAGAUGUAUCCCGAAGGGUACGACGCCAAUGAUUACUCGGCGUACCAGCACUAUAAGCUUCCCGAGGAGAUGAUGAUGGACGAGGCCGUGCAUCUUCGCCGCGCCCUCUACCACCAUCCUCCUCCUCCUCCUCCUCCCCCCUACCUUCAUCAUCCAAUGGCCCCUCGAGUCCGCGAGCUCCCGUCGAGAUAUGACCCCUACACCUUCUCCCGAAGGGGACCCGAGGUUCGCGCAGCCAGCCAAGAGCGCGAAGGGCGUCCACUGCAGGGUCGAGCAGGCGCAUCAUCGCACACGGCUGUGAGAGUGUCCUCCACCGUUCAGACAGUCUCCUCCUCCUCGUCGUCUUCGGGAAGCGCAGCUGACGCGACUGCGAAAGGGGCUGACGCCGGUGUCCUCCCACCCCAAGCAGCCGCCAUUGUCGAAGCCGCCAAGAACAAGCCUCAGCCUCCGAACGUAGUCGUGGUACAAGGGACCGGCUCUGCGCCUCAGCCGAAGCAGACGGUUACCAAGAAGACGAUGGUGGCGAAGAGCAACGUGGCGUCGUCGAGUGGCCUCUCGAUUAACGCCCUGAGCGGGAAAACGAAGGUGGGCGAGAAGUAUGAAUCAGGAUUCAGCGUUUCCCACGAAGAGUUGUGUAUCAACAAUGGGAGAGACCUGAAGGUUCUUGUGUUAAUCACAACAGCUCCUGAUCACGAAAAGCACCGCACAGCUGUUCGACAAACAUGGGGGCAUUUUGCCAUCAGGAAAGAUGUGGUUAUGGCAUUUGUUGUUGGCAGAACCACAAAUGCCAACAUCCAGAGUAAUAUAGACAAAGAAAACGAAAUUUAUGGAGAUAUCAUUCAGGCCAACUUCAUCGAUCACUAUGCUAAUUUGACCCUCAAAACCGUUUCCAUGUUCGAAUGGGUGAAAACCUAUUGUUCGGAGUCUCAUUUUGUCUUGAAGACAGAUGAUGAUAUGUUCAUUAAUAUGCCUUUGCUGCUAACAUUCAUCGAUUCGAAGAAAAAUGACAGACGGGUUAUGUAUGGCCGUUUGGCAAAGGGCUGGAAACCUGUUAGAAACAAGAAGAGCAAGUACUAUAUUGAUGUGGCCACUUACAAAAAGACCAAAUACCCCGAUUUCCUCACUGGUCCUGCAUAUCUGUUCACCAGUGAUAUUGUGGACGACAUCUACCAAAAAGCUCUGGGGACAACUUUCUUUGUUCUCGAGGAUGUGUUAGUGACUGGUAUUGUUGGGGAAAGUUUGAGAAUUAGAAGAGUUGGAGAUUCUCGUUUUAGAAACGAAAAAAUCAAAUUAACAGAUACAUGCACACUCAUGAAAACUGUGUCAAUCCAUAUGGUAAAGUAUGAAGAGCAAUUUGAUAUAUAUAAGAGGACAUUAGAUGGGAAAGCCAAGUGUAAAACUGGAUAGUUGAGUAUACGUGAACUCGCCAUUUUUAUUUUUAUUUUUUUUAGUUGGCCAUAUGAGCUGACUACAGUAUAGUAUAUAUUUACCAAUGUGAUAUACUUUAUAUAUAAAUGUAUAUAUAUAUGCUCAAAUAUGGCUCCAUGUGUCUGUGAUUCUCCAUUUUAAGAGUUGUAAUGGAAAUUAAGGGAAGUUUUCAUCCAAGUCUAGUCCAUAUAUCGCAUGAUUGACAAUAGUCUCGAGGAAUCCUCGUGCACCAGUAACAUAAUCACAUAUUGUUCAGAAACUUAUCAUGAUGAAGACCUCACACAUUUGAAAGUAAUCUCGGUAACAUGAGCCAAAGAUAAGCAGAAAAUGUGAAUGAAGAAGAUACUUGGAAACUUAUUGACUAUUCCGUCUGCUCAGAAAGUUGUGAUUGAAUGGUGUAUUGUGUAUAUUUUGUUAAUGAGCUUCCUGUAUGAGAAAUACAGAGGGGCUUUUAUUCUUGGAGUGCCAGAAUGCUUUAUAGUAAGUUAAAGAUAUGAAAGUUAGCAAUGCUAAUCAUCCCUCAGUAAAAGAAGUGAGACCCUGCUAUCUGUGAUGUGAACUAUUUUCAGUUUCUAUUUUUUGUUUCCAUUUUACUUGUGAAGCUGUUGCUUUGCUGGUAAAUUAUUGUGUUGAGAUGUUCCUAGUGUGUGAGAAAGGAGUAUAUCUGAAAUAAUCGACUUCACAUUUCUCUUCAGUUGUAAAAAGAUUUAUAUUAUUUCUUUAUAAAUAAAGGAGUUUUUGUAUUCCAUGAGUACACUUGCUGGUAGUUAGCAUGUUGUUAUAAGUUUAUCAUGAGAUUUUGUAAGUUAAAUAAGAGUGUGAUAGCAUGUGAUUUGUAGUUGAUAUCAUCCUUAUGCCAUGCAGAUCAUAAAGAGCUACUUUCAGUUAUUGUAUAGAAGUCUUCGUAGGCAGCUUUUAAUGUAGCCUGCCACAAGUGUAGUCAUUGUUAAUGCAUAAGUUAUUUUUUGCAGCAUAGAAUGUUAAAAAUCCUUUGGUAUUAAAGAUCUGACAUCAUUUCUUUGGAUUGUGGAAGCAAUUGAACGAUGCAUAGUGUUCUCUAUCGUAGACUGUCCUGUUAAUGUAUCUGACUAUUGGGGACUUUGCUCUUCAUGUAUAUUAAAUUAGAAUAUAACUACUGAACUGUUGUCAUUUUAUUUUUAUUGUAUUUGUGAAUUCAUUUAAAACUUGCUAAGGUUCUUCAUUUCAUAUAUGAAGGAACUAUUAUGGUAUAGUUAGAUUUUCAGUACAUAUGUAAAGUCAGGUUGUGAGUGGUAUUUUAGCUGUUUACAAGCCCUCUAUACGCAUUGGGCAGGGAACAGUUUCUUGUGUUCUGUGCUGCAAUUUUGGUACUGUAAAGUUUACCCCAUAAUUUUUAGUUCCAUUUGCAGAAAACAACAUAAGAACCAGGAAUAAGGCGUUUUCCCAAUCAGUGUCAAUGAUUUAGAAAGUACAGUGAAUGGAAAUCGUUUGCUCAAGUCUGUUGUAUUGAGAAUCUUUAUGAUGUACUUAUUUCUUUGGAAUAAAAAAAAAUCUAGCCAGUUAAAUAAGAUAUUGAUGAUGCAUAAAACUUUCAUGUAUGGUUGUCAAAUGCUUAUGGAAUACAGCACAGUACAUUAUUGUUGUAAAAGACUUCGUCGAUCUCUCCAAAAAAUAUUUUGAAAGCUGAUAAUACAAGUAUUAAGUGCCUUGUUCAAAAGGCCUAAACUUUGCUGUAGUUUUACUAAAAGUUUAAUCAAAACUGAGGGGGUUAGUAUUAUUUGUGGAACUUGAAACUAAUGUAAAUUUGGACUAGCUACAUACAAAAGAAUGGAACUACCCAUUUAUCUUGUUUCCUGGAGAGGAAAAAAAAAGAAGCAAUAUUAGACACUUCAGAAGAUUUUCAUGAGAAUGGUUAAAGCCCAAGCAAGUGCCUUUAUUUUUUCAUAUUUCAUGUUCAUUAUACACAUAACAUGCUCAGAAUAUAAAUUAUGUCAUGAAAAUAGGUUAUGUAAAUAAAUACAAAUGCAUCACCAUUACAUCCAUGCAUAUCCUAAUUUGGAAUUAAUCAUUAAAAGGAACGAGUAACUGGUUCAUUUUCAGUCUUGCGGUGUUCGUGAUUGUAACUGCUGACAAGUCUAGAACUUUGAGUCUUUAAAGAAUGUCUUUGAAAUCCUGUGUAGUUAAGUUUUAUGUAACAUUUUCCAGGAUUUCUGAGGUUCAUACAUUUUUAGGAAUAGUUUUACUGUGUAGCGGAAUAAAUUGCAAAAUGUUGUACUGUAACAUCUUUAUUUUUUAUGCAAACCAUUGGCUGUGUGCAGAUUGUGGUUGCUUUAAUAAGGUAUUUUAUGUUGACAGGUGUGUUUUCAUUUGAAAAUGAAUUUGUGUUGAUUUGGGGGGUAGCAGAGUGCUAUAAACAUUACAAAUUUUGCUAUUUCAAAUAGUAUAACAGAGUAACCAUGAAUUUAAAAAUUGCAGUAUGAAUAAUGUUCUUUACAUUUUAUGAUUUCUGAGUGUUGAGUAUUAAUGUGCUCUUUGUUUGUUUAAAUAAGACAGUAAGAAUUUGCCAUUAAAACUCUUUUCGUUUUUUGAUUGCUUCUUAGCUUAGAAAUGGUCUCAUGACCUUUCACUGAGACAAAAGUCUACAGUUAAUAACUGAGAGAAUGUGAAGUUAGUGUAGACAUUCCUAAGACAAAUUUUAAAUAGCACAAAACAUUCACUUCUUUUUAUUGUAAAUAUAUUGCAUCCAGACUUCAUGGCAUAAAUGAUAGUAUUCUACCUUAUUUUGGCAACUCUAGUAUGAUUGUGUAUGAUCUCUUAGCCCAUUUUGCUUCUGGCUGUCAGUUUUAAGCUGUAGGUGGAUUUUGACAUCCACUAUUAUUACGAUCAAGCGUGUUAUAUCAUAACAGUUUGCAAUAUCCUUUACAUUAUCUUAUUGAUAAUUACACACAUGGGAUUUUAUUCCUCCUUUGACAGGAGUGCAACAGUGUAUGAUAGGGAUCUCUUGCUAUGGAAAAGUUUUCCAUCCUUGGAGAAAUGGAAUUCUGUUUGUGCAGGGAACUAUAAACAGGACACUAUGACCAUAUCAUUCACAAGUUGAAUUAUCAUUAGUGAUACAUACUCUAAUGUGAAGCAAGGAUUGGUAUUGCAGGAAAGUACCUAAUGUAAUAACUUUCAAAAUUCUUACGUUUACAUAGUAAGCUUCAGCUUACGAAUUGCUGUAGAAAUUAGCUUAGUUGUUUGAAUGCAGUUAUAGUAACUUAUUUCCUUAAGGUGUAAUUUAAGCUAGCAUUUUUAAAAGUCCUCUUUUAGAUCAUAAUCCAAAUUUCAUCCAUUUCAUAAUACAUGUGGACGUUCCAUGUGUGACAUUUUCCAUAAGAUAUAUUCAAACUGUGAUACUGUAAUCUGAAAUAUGCUUCACUUCAGUCAUCAAUUUCAAUUCAGAUCAUCUCAUACAUUCUGCACGUUAGUAGUAGUGACAGAAAGUGCCAGAUAAUUUGUGAAACAGUUUUACACUCGGAGCCAGAAAGAGGUGUACUUUUUUUAUAUGUAUGAUCUGCUCACAAUAAAUGAGAGGCCUGUCAGACAUUGGGUGCUUUUAGGGACAGAGUAUUACAUACUGGUAAGAUUGGGUGAUCUCUGCCCCAUCAGUUUAUUUUGAAUUUUGAGUAAUAUUAAUACUCUUAAAUUUUUAAGGGCUAUUAAACAUCAAAUUUGUUACAUCUGGAAUCUUUUUGCCUUUUUAAAAGUGAUUAUGAAAGCUAGUUAUAUUUAUAUUGGUAUGUUUGAUUGAUUGUGGUACAGUAUACUUCAAUGUUAACUUGCAUUUUUGUUGAGCAUGUAAAGAAAUUUGAAAUGCUGUCCAUAUCUGUUCACUAUAAAUUUGUAAUUAUUAGGUGAUCUGUAAUGUAGUGAAAGGGAUUUUUAUAUAAUAAAUCAUUGAUGCAGUGUGAUGUUUUGAAUAAAAGGGAUCUUUUUUAA